AUGGAAGGCAUCUGUUGUGAUGGUCGCCAAGAAGUGGUUCCAGAGCUCGAAACUCUUCAUUUGGAUAAUAGUUUGACUUUAAAGUCAAACACUGAUAACGAGAGUAUGAGUAUUGAAAGCCUGUCGUUAUCGACUGAUAACUCAUCAAAAACUACUGUUAAGUCAUUGAAUGAAAACAAAACGAAUGAUAUAAUUGGGAAUAAAGUGACAUCAAUGAAGUCGUGCGCUGUUCGGCCCAAUUCACUGCAAACCAGAGAUCCGAAGCCCACUCUUGUGUCGGAAAAGGUUCAGAGAGCGGCCUCGCCCUCAGCCAAAGCCCCGGUGCGCAAGAAGUUUAAGACUCCCGGCCGUUGGGAUGCGGUUAUGACUAAAAUAGAAAAGUCUAAGACCUCUAACGCUAACAAUAAUAAUAAUAAUUCGGUUAUCAAAGGAAAGAUCAAUUCAAACAUUAAUCGAAAUGCUGUUACAAACGGGUCUUUACCUAAAAUUAGUCCAUCAGAUGAGUUAUCAAUUGCUGACGAUAACAAUUCUAGUCAUUUAAGCCCUUCGUCUGCAUCUGUGAAAUUAUCCCUCACUUCAUCCACAGCUAAGAAAACAGUUGUCAAUCCAAACGCAUCUAAAGUGAAUAUCCCAAAGAGUAAGACCUUUGUACGUGAUUCCAGUGAUUCCAAUGGCAAUCACAGCACCGGAAGUAAGAGUCAACAACCAGUGUCCCAACACAAGUCCUCAAUCGCUGGCACACCUGUGACUCCACAACAACAGCCCAUUCCCGAGAAGACAAUCAGAAGAGACAGAGACUACUCUAGAAUACCAUUUAUAUCAUUCUUAAUUACGAUAAUAAAGUCAAGACGUGCAAACCCGGGUAUGGUCCGGGAUGUGGACAAGAGGGCCACGAUACGGAAGUGA